CACCUUCCAUCGUUGAAUUUCUCUCAAAUCUCAUACCGUUGGUGCAUUAGGGGAUUCAUCUUUCAGAUUGAUCGGAUUACCUCUCAUCUUUUUUCGCGAUUUAGGCAUAAUUUCUACAAAUUUUACAUUAGGGAUCAGAAGCUAUCGCAAUGGGAUAUCUUAACUCGGUCUUGUCGUCUGCAAGCCAGGUCUACGGAGAUGAUGCUCCUGUUAGCGGUGGUGGCCUCAGUCAGAAUGGAAAGUUCAGUUACGGAUAUGCAAGUUCUCCUGGAAAAAGGGCUUCAAUGGAAGAUUUUUACGAAACUAGAAUUGAUGGUGUAGAUGGUGAAAUAGUUGGCCUAUUUGGAGUCUUUGAUGGCCAUGGGGGUGCAAGAGCGGCAGAUUAUGUUAAACAAAAUCUAUUUAGCAACCUGAUUAGUCAUCCAAAGUUCAUAUCUGAUACUAAAUCAGCUAUAGCUGAUGCAUAUAAUCAUACCGACGCUGAGUUUCUGAAGUCGGAGAAUAAUUCGACCAGAGAUGCUGGAUCAACAGCUUCCACGGCCAUCCUUGUAGGCGAUAGGUUGCUGGUUGCAAAUGUUGGGGAUUCAAGAGCAGUUAUCUGCAGGGGUGGCAAUGCCAUUGCUGUUUCUCGAGAUCAUAAACCAGACCAAACCGAUGAACGGCGACGGAUAGAAGAUGCAGGAGGAUUUGUGAUGUGGGCAGGAACCUGGAGAGUUGGAGGAGUUCUUGCCGUAUCUCGUGCAUUUGGUGAUAGGCAUUUGAAACAAUAUGUGGUCGCAGAUCCAGAGAUUCGGGAAGAAAAGGUUGACAGCUCUUUAGAGUUUCUAAUUCUUGCAAGUGAUGGACUGUGGGAUGUGGUUUCAAAUGAGGAAGCUGUUGAAAUGGGAAAACCAAUUGAAGAACCCGAGGCAGCGGCAAAGAGGCUGAUGCAGGAAGCAUGUCAGAGAGGCAGUGGCGAUAACAUAACCGUAGUGGUAGUAAGAUUCUUGGCAAACCAAGGUGGUGGUUCAUCCGCAGGCAACAAGUCCAACUAAGCAACAACGGUGGUGUUAAUGUUUGUAAUCACUGUUAUAUAUUUCUAACAAUUCAAGAAAAAGCAUUGUUAUGGUUUGAGUAUAUUUUGAAUACAAGUUUUUUUUCUUCUU